AUGGCUGAAUCGGUCGAGUUACCGAGUCGGUUAGCGAUCCUUCCGUUCAGAAACAAGGUGCUUUUACCCGGCGCCAUUAUUCGCAUUCGAUGCACUUCUCCCAGCAGUGUGAAAUUGGUAGAGCAAGAACUGUGGCAAAGAGAAGAGAAGGGUUUGAUUGGGAUUUUGCCAGUUAGAGAUGCAGCUGCUGCCGCGGCGGAGACGGCAUCUGUGGGCCCUACCUUAUCCCAAGGUGCCGGAAGUGAUACCAGUGAGAAAAGCUCGAAAACUCAAGCCAGUACAUCGUCGGAUAAUGUCAAGCUUGAUGGGAAACACCAGCAAGAAGUUUUUCACUGGCAUAACAGGGGAGUGGCGGCUCGUGCUUUGCAUCUCUCUAGAGGAGUGGAGAAACCUAGUGGGAGGGUGACAUACAUAGUUGUUCUUGAAGGUUUGUGCAGAUUCAAUCUCCAUGAACUUAGCACGAGAGGGACCUAUUAUACUGCACGGAUAUCUCCGCUUGAAAUGUCAAAGGCUGAGCUGGAGCAAGUGGAGCAAGAACCCGAUUUUGUAGCACUGUCUCGCCAGUUCAAAGCAACCGCAUUGGAGCUGAUUUCUGUUCUUGAGCAGAAACAAAAAACUGGCGGGAGGACAAAAGUCCUUUUGGAGACAGUCCCUGUUCACAAAUUAGCAGAUAUAUUUGUCGCUAGCUUUGAGAUAAGUUUUGAAGAGCAACUAUCUAUGUUGGAUUCAGUUGACCUGAAAGUAAGGCUGUCAAAAGCCACAGAGCUCGUUGACCGACAUUUACAGUCAAUACGUGUGGCAGAGAAGAUCACGCAAAAGGUUGAAGGACAAUUGUCAAAAUCACAGAAAGAGUUUCUUCUGCGUCAGCAGAUGAGGGCUAUAAAAGAGGAGCUUGGUGACAAUGAUGAUGAUGAGGAUGAUGUGGCUGCCCUAGAAAGGAAGAUGCAAAGUGCAGGAAUGCCUUCAAAUAUCUGGAAGCAUGCCCAAAGGGAGUUGAGGGCUGAAAUAGGUCCUUAUCCUAAUUUGAGGAGGCUUAAGAAAAUGCAACCUCAGCAACCUGGAUAUAAUAGUUCACGUGUUUACUUGGAGCUUCUUGCUGAUCUGCCAUGGCAGAUGAUGAGUGAAGAACAUGAAUUGGAUCUAAAAGCUGCAAAAGAACGUCUUGAUAAUGACCACUAUGGUCUAGUCAAGAUCAAGCAACGUAUUAUUGAAUAUCUAGCUGUUCGCAAGCUUAAACCAGAUGCAAGAGGCCCAGUUUUGUGCUUUGUUGGCCCACCAGGUGUUGGAAAAACAUCUCUGGCUUCGUCAAUUGCUGCUGCCUUGGGCAGAAAAUUUGUCCGUAUAUCCCUUGGUGGCAUUAAGGAUGAGGCUGAUAUUAGAGGGCACCGGAGAACAUACAUUGGAAGCAUGCCAGGGCGUCUCAUAGAUGGAGUAAAGGUGAAAAUCUCAUUUCUAAACGGGGUAGCUGGAAUUUUUUCCUAUCGUGCUAGUGCAGCAGCUUUUAGAGCUUAG